AUGUCCGCUCGAUUAAGCGAAGAGUGGGACGGCUUGGACGAUGACGAGAGCUUCCAAGAGAUUAUGUUCGAGCAACGGCUAUGGGCACUAACUGCCUAUCAACGAUUGACGCAGAACAAACCCCUGCAGUCACCUGCGCAUGAGUUACUGAGUAAUAGUCAACCAGCAGAUCAGAGGAGGGUACUCCAAAUACAUGGUUCUCUAGUAUAUACGCUCUCUACCACCAAGACUCAGCCAGCUACCACGUACCCUGCGCCUCUCAACCAUCAUACACUAUACAUUCCUUCACUUGCAUCCCCAACGCCAUUUCCCGAUAACUACUUCGACGCCGUUAUCUCGCGUUCCGUCGCGACAGUUCUUCGAAAUGACGAUUGGGCUCGAUCAUUCUUCGACUGCAUGCGUGUGCUCAAGCCCGGUGGACAAAUCGAAAUACUCUCAGUGGAUGCGCACAUGAGCUGCGAAGGGCCCAAGCUAUCAUCAUGGGUUGACGAGCAUCUUUCCUGUCGGCUGGAAGCUCACGGCGUGAGCAAGCAGGCUUCAGACACUGUCCUCGACACAAUGGAGAUUGUAGGCUUCGAUAACAUUCGUCGCGCUCGCAUCGCGCUUCCAGCGCAUCCACCCAAGGUGGCACCUAAAGCGGCGCCAUCUGCAUCACAUACUUUUGGUGCUGCGAUCCCGGCUCCCACACCUCAAGAUACUCUAGAUACGACGAAGAUGAUGGCUUUCCUCGGCCGCCAUUUCUAUCAGGAUCUUUACAGCAGGUUCAUAGACGUCAGACAGGGAGAUGAGUGGUUCUGGUCGGAUAAGGAGAUUCGGGCGGAGUGUGAUCUCUACAAGACAAAGACGGUACUGACAAUUGCUUGUGGGCAAAAGUCUACAAGUAUGUGUCACACCGGAAGUUAUCUAGAUGACUAG